GGGGGCUAAUGCUCCUCUGACAGUUUUUUCUUUUAUGCAAACAUCGAUUUUAUGACAUGUCACUUACAUGUAUUUUCCUUUUAACCACACAGUAUCAGGAAGUACUAAAAAAAAAAGUUUGUUAUGUAAUUUGAAGCUUUCUUUCCUUUCAGUAACAGCUGCAGAUCCAGUUAGAAACAGCUCAGACGGCAUGAAGGUGGGGUUGUUGCUGGCGUUGGCUGUGGCCGCUCUGGUGCCCGGCCUCUCUGAGAGCAGGAUCAUCUCCAGAUGUGAGCUGAGAGACAAGCUCCAUCAGGCCCUGCAUGUCCCCAAACACCUCAUGAAGAUUCACUCCCAACUCUUUGCACUUGUUUCCUGUGAGGUGGACAGAAGGUCCCAACUGAACACCAACCUGGUCAUUGUGGAAGGGAUCCGCCCGACAUCGGCGGUCCUCCCUGCAGCUACUGACGCUCCUAUCAUGUCACCAGAGGAGGAGUUCGCUUCCACCACCACCGUUUCUAUGUCCAACAUCCCUGGCGGCAGAAAAAAGCGAAGUGCCUCCGAAAACAGGAGCAACAAGGAGGAUGAAGAAGAUUCUGAGGAGCCUAUGGGAGUAGCUCUGAAUUCUGAGGAGAACAAGUUUAACGAGGAGGAGAUGCAGCAAGACGACGACCGAAUGGAGAGUGACAACGGUGAACAGAGCAUGGAGUCCAUGAUGAAGCCCUGGUCAUUGGGCUAUUAUGGGGUGUUCCAGCUGUCCGACAGCCACUUCUGCAAUUCGGGCUUCCGCUGGUCCAGAAACGUGUGCCACAAAAACUGCUCAGCUUUUACUGAUGACAACAUAACAGAUGAUGUGACGUGCUUCAUUAAGAGUGGCUAUUGGAGAUUGUUUCUGAGGGACAUCUCUCGCAGCUGUUACCAUCAAAGGAAGACCUACUUUGCUUCUUGUGAUUGAGCUUCUCCAAGUCCAGUUUUGAAUCUGCAACUCUAUCCUGCUGUGCUGUAGUUAAUUCUUUUACUUGCCAAUUCAAUUGCUGUAAGACUUUUUGAUUUUAGUUAUUCUCCACAAAGUAACUGGAAUUAAAGGGUUAACUAAGAAUAUUUCUGUCUUCUUACUUUACCUGAAUUGAUACAUUUAAUAUGUGAAUAAUUCAAUACAUUGAUUUAAAGAAAUACAAAUUAAAUGAUUCCAACACACUCUUUCUCACACUCUUUGUCUCUU